GGCAUUUCCAAGUGGGGUUGUCGUUUGUGAGCCUUUGUAGCGAGCAGAGGGAGAAAUGCGGCUGCCACUCGCCUCCCUGGUGUUGGCGAUCGGGUUUGUGGGGAUCACCUUUGCCCAGUAUAGUUACCUGCCCCCCAAAAAUCCCCUUUUCCCUGAUGGAACUGGGAAUGGCGAUAGUAUCCUCACCCCGCCCCCGGUAAGGCCGCCGCCGACCACCAGACCUCCCUAUGUGCCACCAACGACGCGUCCUCCUACUCGUCCCCCGACUCGUCCCCCAACUCGUCCUCCUACUCGUCCUCCUACUCGUCCCCCUACUCGUCCUCCUACUCAACCCCCAACUCGGCCACCAACUCGGCCACCAACUCGGCCACCAACUCAGCCACCAACUCGGCCACCAACCAGACCUCCCACUAGACCACCCACUCGUCCUCCUACCCAGCCUCCUACCCGCCCCCCUACCCGUCCCCCUACUCGUCCCCCUACUCGUCCACCUACUCGUCCUCCACCAACUCGUCCUCCUCCUACUCGCCCUCCACCACCAACCCGUCCUCCUCCACCCCCGACUCGUCCUCCAACCCCCCCUCCUACCACUCCUCAUGACCACGACCACCACCACCAUGACGACCACCACCACCACCACCACCACAGCGACGACCCUCUGGACUGGCUGAGGGAGUCUGUACCUGGAGAACCUGGCGAGGAUUACCCUAUCUAUGGCUGGCCGAUCAUUGACACCUCGUUCACCUGUGCUGGCCGACCUGCAGGUUUCUACGCUGACCCAGAGACGCGAUGCCAAGUGUUCCACAUCUGCAACUACAACACUGGCAUCAAGAACAUCUGUCCCAACGGCACCAUCUUCUCCCAGGAGCAAUUCACCUGCCGCUGGUGGAACGAGGUAAACUGUGAACAGGCCGAGUCAUUCUACGAGCUGAAUAACCAAAUUGGUGUUGUUCCCCCUGACAGCCCCUACCAACCCCAGCCCCAGCCCAGCAUACCCCAGACCCCGACCCCAAUCAGACCCCAGCCCCCACAACCUGUCACUCCAGUACGACCUAUUCCACCUCGUCCUGUCACCCCAGUACGACCUAUUCCACCUCGUCCUGUCACCCCAGUACAACCUAUUCCACCUCGUCCUGUCACCCCAGUACGACCUAUUCCACCUCGUCCUGUCACCCCAGUACGACCUACUCCACCUCGUCCUGUCACCCCAGUACAACCUACGCCACCACGACCCAUCAUCCCCGUCAGGCCUACACCACCACCACGACCCAUCACCCCAGUACGACCUACACCACCACGACCCGUCACCCCAGUACGACCUACACCACCACGACCCGUCACCCCAGUGCGACCCAUUCCACCUCGCCCUGUCACCCCAGUACGACCCACUCCACCUCGCCCUGUCACCCCAGUACGACCCACUCCACCUCGCCCUGUCACCCCAGUACGACCUACACCACCUCGCCCCGUCACCCCAGUACGACCUGCACCACCGACCAAGGCUCCUGGGUACGACAUCUCGCCGCCUAAGACCCCAGCGAAUCUAUAUGGACCACCCAACUAAGAGAAUCCUUCCACCGUCGGUCCACACUAGCGGGGUAGCAGGGCGGGUCAGAAGCAAGCGGCCUGCACCUGGACAAGAAAGUGUUCCUGGACACCCUCUGGACUCAACACAACACCACAGACCUUCACUAGUACGGCUGCUGAGGGAUUUAAGCCUAGAAGCUGCGGUACUAUGGGAAAUCAACCAAAUUCUGUCCACCUCCCCAUACCUUCCAUUAUUUCCCCAUUCAUCUAAAAGGAUAUGGAUGAGAAAGGCUCCUCCCUGCACACCCUCCCCUAAAACUAUAUUCCCCCACCACAUCCCUUCCCCCCUCCUCUCCAGACGCAGCCUCCGAUGACGCCUUGUACAAAAUUUUCUUCCGUCGGAUAGAAAAGGCCUCAUCGACCCAAACUAUGGACAUACGUGUACAUAAAAGCCAUUGGUGUGAAGCAGAUUGAUAUGGUAUGGUACGUGAUGCACUGUGGCGUCACCUAUGUAUUCCAUAUGCUACAGAGGAAUCUAUUUUUUUCUCUUUGUCUUUGGUUCAACUCAAAAUGGAGGUUACUUGAGGACAAAAAAGUAAUCGUCUGUUGAAUUCUCUCCUUGAACGACGCGAACGACAACCCAACGUUAGACUAAAGGUAAAUACGUAGACGUCUUAGGGAGCCAUCGCGAGGUAGCUCUCAGAUCAACUCGGUCACGAUACCUCCAGAUUCUCGUGGUUUAGAUUGGAUUGUGUACAGUGCUGGUUGCGCUUGCAUGCUGUAACCUUAGUAUUAAAUAAACAAACAUGAAUGUGUG